ACCCUCGUGGAGUACGUUCGUGUCGACGGUUCGUGGUUGGUGAAAUUUUUUAACGCUCCGUUCCGUUACAUCUGUUCAAAGUGUUUUCGACUCCGAACGUAUCCACCGAGUCUACCAUCGUGCGCGACGAUAUCUCGUGCAUCGCGCACCGAAAUUUUACUCUUUUUCCUUGCUUUCCAUUCUCGCAACGGAGCAAAAGUGUAAACCAAGGGAACAACUUCUAACAUCCUGUGGCAUGCAGAAGUCGAGAGUCCUCUGAAAAAGGUGUGCGAAAACCGUAGACGUGCGAGUGUUCGCGCAACAGCCACCGGAACAAAGGAGUUGGCUCGUAGCGCGUUGCAACGUGGCGUUUUGAAAUCGCGCGCAAAACGGUUCCUUGUGCCUUUAUCUGGUGUUCCUUGGAUGAGAAUCAGCGCGCGAGUCGGGUGGUUGAGAAAUCUACGGAUGACACCGUGAGAGAGACAUGAGGGACACUCGCUCCAAUCGGUGAAUCGUGAAACGACUCGCGUGUGUUGGAGUUACGCGGAAAUCUCGGUAAUCCAAGCCGCGACCGUUGGCUCGACGACGAAACCCAGUCGAUUCGCGAACGGAAUCGCGAACCUGAUGAAGCUUACGAUUAGUGUUACGAUAAGUUUGACGACGAGUGAGAGAAACCGCGAGGGAAGGUGUGACAGUGUCGUAAGCACAGGCAAACGAACAUCGAACGAUGCGGCCAGUGGUUACGACGACGGUGCGUUCGCGAGGAGCGUGAUCGACGAUCGAAACUCGCGCAGCAGCGUCGUCGAUACACGGUGAAAGUCCCUGCGACGCGGAACUCUCUGUCCCCUGUGCAACGAGCCAGCAACCGUGAUUCGCGCCACCACGUUGUACCGUUCGUGGAAAUCGUUUUGCCGAUAAAAUGGAUAGGAUCUGGAUAACCCGACCGCCGACGAUGGCGAUUAUCGUCGUUCUGUUGGUGUUCCUGCGUACCGCAGCGGCGCAGGGUCGCGUCGAGGAGACGCAGAUGGACACGCACGAGGGGUCCACGGUGCAGCUGCAGUGCCGUUUCUCCGCGCCCAGGGAGAACGUGACGUGCUUCUGGUUAACGCACACGAACGACAACCACGACAACGCGGCGGUGGACAAUCGGGAGCUGUCGCCUCAGUACAAGGUGUUCAUGAAUCUCGAGGAGGGCCGUUACGAUCUGCAGAUACGCAAUGUCUCGUACGAGCGGGACAACGGGAAGUACGAGUGCAGGGUGAAGGCGAACGGCGCUGGGAUCGACCUGCACCGGAAGUUCAUCACUCUGACGGUGCUCAGAGCGCCGGGCCCUCCGACGAUCUCGCCGACCUCCGCGUCUGCCACCGAGGGCCAGAAGCUCGAGCUACAAUGCAACACGAACGGCGGCAGCCCCGAGCCGGAAGUGAGGUGGUACCGCGGCAACGAGACCGGGAUUCUCUACUCCGGCAAGACGUUGUUAGUAGAGCCGAAAAAGGAAGACGACAGGGCGACGUUUCGUUGCGUGGUGAGGAACCGAGCGAUGCGCGACGGAGAGACCUUAAACGCGACGGUGACCCUCGACGUAAACUACUUCCCAAGGGUCACCGUCGGCCCGGAGAACCCGCUCAAGGUCGAGGUGAACGGAACGGCGAACCUCGAGUGCCAAGUGGACUCGAAACCGGCGGUUGGCAUGGUGCGAUGGUGGAGGGACGGUAGCUUCGUCGCCACCAGCUUUCAGCACACCAUCAGGAGGGUCACCGUGCAGGAUUCCGGCAAGUACACCUGCCAGGCGGACAACGGUUUGGGAAAGAGGGGCGAGAGUUCUCUUAUACUGGACGUUCUUUAUCCUCCCACGGUGUCGAUCGAAGGCGACUCCCUGAGGAUCGCAGAAGUCGAGGACACGGUCACCGUGCACUGCAAUGUUACCGCUAAUCCACCGCCAUCGGUGAUCGAGUGGCUGCGGGAAGGUCGACCUGAUUUCAGACAGAUCGGUUCGAUUCUUCGAUUGAGCCGGGUCACAGCUGAUCACGCUGGAAACUACACUUGUAGAGCGGUGAACACGAUAUACCCUUCUGGUGGAGAGCGCAGGAAUUAUUCAGCUUCUGCUCGUCUGACUGUGCGUGUUAGACACAAACCAGGACCGGCAAGAGUGACACCGGAUUCUCCAGUCGCUGUGGAGGGAUCCAGGGUGAUUCUCACCUGCAUGGCUAGUCCGGCAGGAUACCCUGAACCCAGGUACAAGUGGUGGAAGGAGGGGGAAGCUGGCACGAUAUCGAUGACCUCGGAGAACACCGGGCCUAAGUACGAAAUCGACUCCGUGCAUCUUGGCAGCGAGGGGACCUACAAGUGCCAUGCCACCAACGAGAUCGGUAACGGAGAACCAGCAUCCGUUAACUUGACCGUCCACCAGCCACCAAAGAUACUCACCAAGCUGCAACCUCACGUUACUAGAAAAGUCGGCGAGUCGUCGUUCCAAAUGUCCUGCGUGGCGCAGGGCAAGCCUCGUCCUAGCGUGCGCUGGCUGAAGGACGACCAGGAAUUGACCGCAGACGAGCGUCUGUACCAAGUGACGAGCACCGCCUCCGAGGGUCACGGGAACGUGAUCACCGUGAACUCGACGUUGAGCUUCCUCGGGCAUGCCCGUCCCCAGACCGACGAGAUCGUGGCCAGCGAUCGGGGCAAGUACACCUGCGUGUUCGUGAACGAGGUGAAAAAGGUCGAGUCCACGAUGAUGCUGAAGGUGGAACACGAACCGAUUGCCCUCCACCACCACGGGAAAGUAGCUUACAGUCUAAGGGAGACUGCCGAGGUGGCGUGCAAAGUCCAAGCCUGGCCUAAGCCCGAGUUCCAGUGGAGUUUCGGAACCAACGCAGCGAGUCUUCAGGGUUCCUCUAGCGACGGCCACUACGAGAUCUCCACCACCAGCGACAACUACGACGUGUACACCUCUGUGCUCAGGAUAACCAACAUUCAAGAGCAGGAUUACGGGGAUUACAGUUGUCGAGCAGCAAACGCUCAAGGUAGCAUCACCUCGACGAUCAGACUCCAACCCAAAGGUCCACCAGAGAGGCCCAUCAACAUCUCCGCGAUGGACGUCGGUCCUACCCACGUAGCCCUGUUCUGGGAACUAGGCUUCGACGGAGGCUUGCCCAUCACCACUUACUUCGUGUCUUACAGACGCGUGCCAGGCAGCGACGAGAUCGUUGCCCCGGAAUGCGCAGCUCCUAGAACCCCUACCGAUGAGUGGCUAGAGCUCGACUGCCGUCGAUCCAACCCCUGCAACGUGACCGACCUGGAGCAGCACCAGACCUACACGUUCAAGGUGAUGGUGUUCAACACAAAUAACCACUCAGACUACUCCGACGAGGUGACAGCGACCACCGCCGUGGCGAAGAUCCCUGCGCCUCUCAGGGUCAGCUACGAUCCCGAGAGCGGCAUGCUCGCCAUCAGCGUGGGAGCCACGUGUCUAUCGUUGGUCGCCUGGAUCGAGAAGCUCGACACACCUUCCUCGACGGACGAGUCCCUGUGGAGAAUCCUGGACGAGUGGCCCUUAGAGGUUCUAGGCAGCGCGCCUACCCAAAGGGAGGGAGUCUUAGACGAUCCUGAAGCGCUCGACGCGGAACCCAGGCUCAGAGUCAAGCUGUGUCUGAAAGCUGACAAGACGAAGUGCGGCGAGUACGCAGAGGCUGAGAUUGGACCUUCGUACAUCGCCCAGGCUGGAGCCCUGGCGACGCCCACCUUGAUCGCUCUCGUAGUCAGCGGGGCCGUCUUCCUGCUCUUCGCCGCCCUCCUUUUGCUCUUUUGUCGGUGUCGACGAAAACACGCCACCAAGGCCAAGGACUACGAGAUGGACUCGAACGCGGUCCGACCGAGUCUGGUUGCGGGAAACGGUCAACAAAGUCAGGCACCGCCGCCCUACUACGCGGAGAACAAAGCUCUCGAGCACAGCUUGGAUCACGCCUUGGCCAUGGAGGACUCGAAGACGCCGGCGUACUCGCAGCCUGGAUACGGAUACCAUCAACCGAAUCACAAUAUCAACGGUGUGAACAUGGGUUACAUGGACAACAGCUACUCGAACUCGAAUAACGGCGGCUCCGUGAACUCUCAGGACUCCAUCUGGCAGAUGAAGUCCGCCGCCGCGAACGGAGUCGGCCAGGCAUACGACCUGGCUGGCUACGCAACCACCGAGUCGGAUUACCCGACCCACCCUCAUUACCUCCCUCAGCGGGAGGAUUACCGGGAAAGCCAUAAUCUAAGUCGACAGCAGUUUUGCUCGGAACCAUUCGCCACCGUCGUAAAGUCUCAAAAACACGUCGAUUCGCCUUACGACGUGUCCGGUCUACCUUAUCAGGAGAACUACGACGAGGACGCGAAGCCACCUCAGCAGGUCAGCCUGUCGUACGACGAGAGCCUAGAGUCGGGCUAUUCGACCCCCAACAGCCGCGGGCGGAGGAUCAUACGUGAGAUAAUUGUUUGAGAUCUGCCUACCGGCUCGCGAGCCGGAACCACGCGCACCACUUGGCUCUAGCAGGAGGCCGCACCCACCGGCCAUUAUCACCCGGUGGACAACUCGCGCGAUCCACUCCGUCAUCGAAUGGAGAUAGUGAUCGAGAACCCCGUGGAGUCUCCACCACCACCGCCGCCUCCUCCCCCGCCGCCACCGCCGCCGCCGCAGCCCGUAGCGUCCUCGGCGUGGAACGCUCUCGUGGCAGCCUCUUCAGCAAACGCGACCUCGGUCGCCAGCCCCACGUCCAUGCCCGCCUCGACGACCGUGAUGACGAUCACCAUCGCCGAAAAUCCCACAGCCCCGACCUACCCUCCAGUUCGCUUCUCCUAUCGGGAGAGCUACGCCGCGAACCCCUUGCUUUAUGCCGGUGAUCCGUACUCCGCGCGACGCAAUCAGCCCCGCAGCAGACCCUACGACGAUCCCGAGGGGGCGUCCCCAUCCGCUCGACGCGUGGACAAGUCAGGUCUGCUGGGAAUCACCGAGUCGGACUCAGGGUUACGAAGCAGUUUACGAUCGCCGCGGUUCCUCUCCAGCGUUAGCUCUCCUGGGAUCGCGUCCCCACGGCGUUUGGAGUGCGUCGGCCAGCUGGACCCAGUGCCGGAGAUACCCGGACAAUCCACGCGAGCGAACGUAGCCCCUGGAGCCGCUUUCCCCCAGGCGUCGACCACUACCAGCGUCCCCGUCGUGGCUACGUCCAUGCUGGAGAGGAGAGACGCUCGACUAGACAACCGCGAGACCCUGUCGGUGAUCAAUCUCGGAAGGCCGACGAAAUCGGCUUCCUACGAUUCCCUCGAACCACGGAGGAACGAUCGCGCAGAGAUCGCGACGAUGCAGAGGUUCGAGCGCGACAUGGACGGUCACGAGUCGUCGGGCUACGGUUCGUCGUUUCGGUAUCAGGAGGCCUGCGACGCCAGAGGACGAACGCUGGGACGCUUGUCCCGGUUCGCCUUGACGAGGAGCGAGCGGGGGAAUGACGCCCUCGAAGGUGUAACCAGAUACUCCGAGACCUGUUGCAAUUUUCCCUUCACGGUUCGCGCCCCGGUGGCAUUCCCUGGCUUCGAGGAGCCGUCGAGCCUCCCGUCAACUCGCGCAACUACCGCAACAGUCACCACCCCCACGACCACGACGACGAUCGCCAAGUCGAGGGACUCCGACACGGGGAAAGGAACGGAGGACGAGGGCGGUAAGAGUCUGACGAUGGGUGAACAGAGGGCAGAGGCAGAGGGAUGCGAGCACGGGGCCAACAGGAAUCCCAUGAAAGACGGGGAAUCCCCGAAGAGGGACGACGAGCUUCUAGACAACGACGCGAUUCAGACGCUGCGUGUGAUCAUUCUAUCGGAACAGUUGUGAGGCCGUCGUUGAUCGACAGUGGACUGACUCGUUUUCUCGCCGACCGAUGUAUCGUUCGAUGUUGUAUUAUAAUUAAGUAGGUGUGUAAGUAACUCGCGACAAGAGGGACGAAUGCGAUGAUGUGCAUGGGGGAGUCUUGACGGAUCUCGCAUUAAAGGCUGACGCUAUGCCAUAAGAGGCCAUACCUUCGUGAAGGAGAGACGGAACUCGUGUACCACGGCGCGAGAUUGAUAUUUCAACACGAUUUUCGGAGAUCUACCCAACUUGGGAAUACCUUCAUUCACUCGAGAGUUGGAGCGUCUUCUUCUUGGUCGUUCAAGGUAGGGUUAUGCAAGGCGGGUCUUUGGAAAAGUACCCUCCUUAAGAUUUUCUUCAAAUUUUUACUGUGGACUAACUCUUAUUUUCUUUAUGUCUCCUAAAAAUUUGGAAAGGUGUGGUCGUCUUGGAGCGGAGAUAUUCGUCUACAGAGUUUUUACAUUUUUAACUGGUGAACGUAGUUACGUUUCCAUAGGUAAUUGGAAAUUAUUACAGAAAUAAUAUGAAGCGCAAAGAAAGUAUACAAAGAAAAAGUGAAAGAAAGAAAUAUAUAAAAAUAUGGUGUGGUGGAUAAAAUGACUGACACAACUCGCGAUAAAAGAAAAACAGUAUAUAAGUAUAUUUAAUAAAAUAUAGGCGUAAAAUUAUUAUUAGAUGACGCGACGCUCGUCAAUUACUUGAUACACCGUCGCACCUUGCAGACCGAAGUUUCUUCAUUCACGCUUCGCAUUCGACUGUCUGACUGCGUUAAAGAAAAACGCAGCCAAGCUCAUUCUCUGCACAUCCAAACACACAUUCAUACACGCAAUCCCUUAAAAACUAAACAAGCUAUGCUGUAUCUUAUAAUCUAAACACAUCGUCGACGGCGCGGCGCGUCGUCGCGCCGAAACCUCUUGACGUGGUGUCUACCUCGUCGCCUGACUUUCGACACCACAAUGGUAUACCUUUUUUGCGUUGCAUACUAUAAUUGUACGUUUGACUCUAUUUAAUGAUUUCGAGUAUUUCUAGGUCGACACAUAUUUAGCGUACCAUGUGCCAUUGGUAUCACAUCCAGUCUUUGUUACAAAAUUGAAAUAAUUCGAAACAGUCCAGCUCCUUUCAAGAUAAAUCGCGAUCGUCGAGGUAUUAAUUCGAUUCCUGAAAGUCGUGGGGAAAUAUAUUCGUCGCGCCCCGUACGUGGAACGUCGCAGCUCGAACGCACCGUCUGAAAGUCGUUUGAGCUGCGACGCGUUGCGCAUUUUGUACUUUUAUAUCGUGGACGACGCCGCCGAUUCGAGCGACGAACGAUCCCGCGUUCCCCGCGAAUCAGCGACCCGGGGAACACCUCUGCAUGUACCAUAAAAUCGACUGCGCCGCGACGCGCUUAGCAAACGUAAGCAAUAAGUCUGGCGCUCGAGAACGACGGAAGGCGACGCCUGGCGUCGAAGAUCGGGGACGAGCAAGAUUCUUGGAUAGAAAUGUCGAAUCAGAGUUUGACAAAACCUUGGGUCUUCGAACAAAACUUGAGGUUCGUCGAAACAUAUUUUCAAACUUGAAGUUUAUUCGAAGGUUGGAGUUUUAUUCAGCUCUGUCUCGAAUAACGAGUAAAAAACGAGCCUCGAUUCGUUAGUCGUCGAACGAAAUCUAGAACAAACUUCACAACGAACAAAAUAGGAAUUUAAUCGUUACGAAUAAGCAGGUUGCUUUUAUUCGUUAUUCGUGUAACUCUAAUGAAAUUCUGCUCAUCUCAGUCGCAGAGCGCGCGCAGGUUCUGUCGCAGCGUGGGCCAGCCGAGCGUUAAACUUACAGAGGCCUCUCGAAUUUACGCAAAGGAGAUAACUUAACGCUUAGAUUAAUUAACACUUUAAGCCUGAGAACUACUUUCCCGGGUUUGGUACAUGAGAAGACGACGUGGUAAUGGCGUCAACGGCCUCUAGCUCGUGGAAAGGUGUAUGAUUGCGUCAGCGUCUGUAAAUAUGUUAAGAAAUGUUCGUAUGCUGCGGAGUCGGUUCAUGAUUUAGCAAUGCUAAUAAGUUUGAUACAGAAAGCAAUAUUACCUUAUUUAAAAAUGAUAACUCCCCGAAAUAGUUCGCUGCUUCGCGUUUAAUUCUAAUGAAUAUAAUUAUUUAUUAAAAAACGAGUGAAUUGCAAAGUUCAAAAGCUUCCUUCCACUGAUUAAAUCGACAGUUUAAAGGUCGAUCGUUGUAUCAAUUUAGAGUUUGUGAUUAUAUACUUAGCAUCCUGGCUUUGGCUCGCCUCGUUCCUCGACGCAAAUAAGCUGUCCGAAGGACUGAGUUGUUUGUACAUCAGUUUGCACCCCUUCGAACUAAUUAUUCACCGAUGAACUACCCAGUAAUUGGUCAACAAACUAUUAGGUAAGGCUCAUCAAUGACUCAGGCUUGAUAUUGCUCUCUGUACCAAAGGUAUUACCAUACAAAAUAGAGAUGUUCUGUAACAUACUAAGAUAUAUCGGGGCUCUCUGAAGUGUAAAUAGACCAGGCCCCGAUAGGACCUCCCAGCGCCUGCGUUGAAUCGGUGACGCUGGGCGACGAAACUCGCUCAACCUGAGAAUUUCGAGCGUUCGUCUGUUGUAAAUAACGGUAAACGUACCAACCAGUACUUAACGAGCCAGACACACAGCGACAGACCUGGGCCCAGGGAAUCCUCGGGCGACUCAUCGACCACUCGUUCUUCUUUCGUUUCGAAUCGAACUCGAACGAGGGAGGAAAGACUGCUGCAAGAGGAACAAUUCAUUAAUUACGUAAGGACGAUUUCGGCGACUUUGUUUAUCUCCCCUCUCCCUUCUUACAUAAGAUUUAACCUAGAGUUACUAAAAAUGGCUUUUACCCAUCCUCCCCUUAACGCAAGAUCAUGUAGAGAUUUGUUCAACCCCCUUCCUCCCCAUCAGGAGCCUUACCUAAUUAAUGAAUGACCCACCAAGCCAUUCUUAAGGGUCCCGAUCAAAUCGCCAGUGCGUUCCUGUGGCUCUUCAUCCCGAACUAACGAUAGCUACGCUUUUAAACGUAAAGACAUUUCUUGGUUCGCGCAUCUAACCCCUGCGCGUCCUCUUUAGUUUUGUAGCAAUUAACGCGGCGCGUUUAGGAAUGUCGCGUACGUAGCGACCUUCGUUGAAGUUGUUAUUUUUGUACCGCUCAGCGAACGCCGACGCCGAUGCCGACGUUCGUCGAUUGGGUGUUUCUUCGAUUCGUAGACCUCGUGGUUUAGGGGAGAGCGUGGAAAAGGACCAGCCGAAUGAAUCAUACGCGUUCGUUCCUUUCGACUUGUGAUCUCAUUUCUUCGCUGAGAAACGACGUGGUGUUUCUUUUUUAUCUCGCGGGGAGGAACCGACGCGUCACCCCGGGAACGAUGCCCUCCCCGACUCUGCAUGGUUCCCACGUUCGCCAUUGAAACGCAAAUCAUGAUAGGCUUGGGUGCACGACGCUAGGAAAAUUUUGUCUCGCGUCAUUCGUUUAGUUUUAAUUGUUCAAAGUGACCUAGAAGAUUGGAACCCUCGAGUCUUAAUUAAUAUUUUGCCAACAAACGGUAUUAUACAAAUUCAUUGCGAGAAGAUUGCAUCCGAGGAAGAGGCAAUCUUCCCGCAACGGAACAGUACGUUCGAAGCAUGCAGAUUUUUGGCGCCAGGACAUCGUCUCCCCGAAACGACGGCAAUCGUUCCCCCGUUUAUCGACGGCAAACCGACCGACCAAAUAUAUACAUAUAUCGACGUUCCGCUGUCUGGCGAGCGGAACGCCAAGUUCGCUCGACGCGAAUUCUCCCAACGCCGAACGCGUCCCUGCCGUACCGAACGUCGGUUGGAGUGAAUGUUUCGCGUGCAAAUCUGAAGAAAAAAAAAAAAUUGAUAUAUAUCGAAUCGACACAUAUACAUAUAUAUCAAUUAUCGUCCAUUAUAGUUACGAUAUUAUUACGAAUUAUUAUUUGUACAAAUUUUAUGUUGCGAUAUAAAAUAAACUAUAAAACGAC